AGCCGGGCCGGCGCUGAGGGGAGAGCGGAGGGCUUCUCAGGAGGUAAAAAAGAACAGUGAGCAGCAGCUUUGGGGGCGAGUUGAACACAUCUGAUGUCUUGCAUGGAAUUAGGUUGAUACCAAGUCAUCAGAGAAAUGGCCGCACGCCUCAGAUCGGCUGGUAAAAAGUGUACAGUGAUCGGCGGCUGCGGAUUCUUAGGCCAGCACAUGGUGGAGAAGCUCCUGGACAAGGGUUACUCGGUCAAUGUGUUUGAUAUCGAGAAGAGAUUUGAGAAUGACAGAGUGCAGUUUUUCCUGGGAGACCUUUGCGACAAAGAGGCCUUGCUCCCAGCUUUACAAGGCGUUUCAGUGGCAUUUCAUUGUGCGUCGCCAGCACCUUCAAGUGACAACAGGGAGCUGUUUUAUAAGGUGAAUUUUAUGGGAACCAAAACAGUCAUUGAAGCCUGCAAAGAAGCUGGAGUGCAGAAACUGGUGUUGACUAGCAGUGCCAGUGUCGUUUUUGAGGGUACAGACAUAAAAAAUGGAACAGAAGACCUCCCUUAUGCAAAAAAACCUAUCGACUAUUACACGGAGACAAAGAUCCUACAGGAAAAGGAAGUACUGAGUGCAAAUGACCCUGACAACAAUUUCUUCACUCUUGCUAUUCGUCCCCACGGGAUAUUUGGUCCUAGAGAUCCUCAGCUGGUUCCCAUCCUCGUCCAAGCAGCUAAGAGUGGCAAAAUGAAGUUCAUAAUCGGGGAUGGAAAGAACUUGGUAGACUUCACUUAUGUGGAAAACGUGGUCCAUGGACAUAUCCUAGCUGCUGAGCACCUUCAGAAGGACUCUCCCUUGUGUGGGAAGGCAUUUCAUAUCACAAAUGACGAACCAAUUCCCUUCUGGGCAUUUAUGUCCCGUAUCUUGACUGGCUUGAACUACGAUGCACCCAAGUACUAUAUUCCCUAUGGGCUGGCAUAUUACUUGGCCCUGUUCUUGGCUCUAGUGCUGUGGCUGCUCAGUCCGCUGGUCACCAUCAAGCCCACUUUUACCCCUAUGCGGGUAGCACUAGCUGGGACCUUUCACUACUACAGCUGUGAACGGGCCAAACGAGACAUGGGCUACAAGCCAGUGGUGAGCUUGGAUGAAGCAAUAGACAGGACUCUCCAGAGCUACCCCCACCUACGCCGGGCUAAGGCUUGAGAAGUCCUGGAUAUUUAUUUCUACAUGACUUUCCUAAUUGCUCUGAGAUCUUAACGUGGGCACUGAAGCAAAUUUCACUAAUUGUCUGGAACAGGGAGUUUUCCCAAAGUCCCUCCUCCUCCUCACCGUUAUCAAGACAGACUUCUCUGGGUUGAAAAACACUUCACGUAGUAGCUGUGCUAACAGUUCUUUCCUUUGAUGUGACUUGUUGUUCUGAGACAGCUGCUGAACUCUGUGGACUAUGAAUAAACACCCUGCUGUGCCCUUUUCAGUCCCAGCCCAGCACAUCAGCAUUCCUUCGUCUUCUCUCUCCACCCUUGUCCUCUGUUUUGUUGCUCUGGUGAUAACAGCCGCCUCUUCUCAUAGCUGCAGAUCAGUUGAUGAAAUACUGCUCACCACUGAUUUCUCUCUGGGGUUUGGCUUUUUCUAUACAGAAACAAUGAAAAAGAGGCUUUCAUCAAGGAGGGGUUCUGCCACCAUUUUUUUUUUUAACUGGGACUGUUCUUGGAUCUUCCUGUGAUUGGUGGGUUGAUUUGGCCUCUUACAGAGUAAUUGGAAGGAAAUCUGAGAAAAAGCUCCUCCUUGUAAGGAAGGAAGCUCCUCCUUAAUUUCUGCAGGAGCUUAAUUCUAUUUAAAAAUACAUAAAUAAAACAAGAAGAGAUGACUUCCUAA